AUGCUUCUCAAAUCUCUCGCACGACCCGUACUCGGCUCGAUCCCGCGUCGAUCGCUAGCGGCUACCAGCUCGAUCCCGGCCCUCGCUCGUCGAUCCUUGGCCACCCAGGCUCCUAGCAGUCCCGUUCGAAGUCAUUCGGUAGAGGAGCUCCAUGAGCUCUCUGCUGAGGAGAUCUUGAGGGAGACGGGAUCCCGUAAAGAUGCCUCGAUGCGACACUUUACCGUCAACUUUGGACCUCAGCACCCCGCAGCGCACGGAGUGCUUCGUCUGAUCCUCGAGAUCAACGGUGAAGAGAUUCUCCGAGCCGACCCUCACAUCGGGUUGUUGCACCGAGGCACGGAGAAGUUGAUCGAGUACAAGAACUACACGCAAGCUUUGCCCUACUUCGAUCGGUUGGACUACGUUAGUAUGAUGACCAACGAGCUGUGUUACUCCUUGGCCGUCGAGAAGCUGUUGAACAUUGAGGUUCCCGAGCGUGCCAAGUGGAUCCGAACUCUUUUCGGAGAGAUCACCCGAAUCCUCAAUCAUCUCAUGGCCGUCCUCACCCACGCCAUGGACGUCGGUGCCCUCACUCCCUUCUUGUGGGGUUUCGAAGAACGUGAAAAGUUGAUGGAAUUCUACGAGCGAGUAUCGGGAGCUCGAUUGCACGCCGCUUACAUCCGACCGGGUGGUGUGGCGUACGAUCUUCCUCACGGCAUGUUGGACGACAUCUUCAAGUGGGCCACCCAGUUCUCGAGCAGGGUAGACGAGAUCGAAGAGGUCGUCACGGGUAACCGUAUCUGGAAGGGAAGGACCGUCGGAAUCGGCAAGGUCACCGCCAAGGAGGCCAUGGACUACAGUUUCUCGGGUGUCAUGCUUCGUGGAAGUGGAAUCCCUUGGGAUAUCCGAAAGGUUGCCCCUUACGAUGCGUACGAUAAGGUCGAGUUUGACAUCCCCGUCGGUGUCAACGGAGACUGCUACGACCGAUACCUCUGUCGAGUUCAGGAAUUCCGUGAAUCCCUCCGAAUCAUCUCGCAAUGUCUGAACAAGAUGCCCCUCGGUGCCGUCAAGGUGGACGACCAGAAGAUCGUACCUCCUCCCCGAGCCGCCAUGAAGGAAUCCAUGGAAGCCUUGAUCCACCACUUCAAGUUGUUCUCUGAGGGCUACUCGGUACCCCCCGGUGAGACGUACUCGGCCAUCGAGGCCCCCAAGGGAGAGAUGGCUGUCUACCUGGUAUCUGACGGAUCUCAACGACCCUACCGAUGCAAGAUUCGAGCUCCCGGAUUCGCCCAUUUGGCCGGUUCCGACUUUAUGAUGCGUCAUCACUUCUUGCCGGACGCCGUCGCCAUCAUCGGUACCAUGGACUUGGUGUUCGGUGAAGUCGACCGAUAA